AUGUCCACCCCCAUCCCCAAGCCCCUCACCUGGCUCAUUACCGGCUGCAGCUCCGGCUUCGGCCUCUCCCUCACCCGCCUCCUGCUCUCCACCCCCCACACCGUCAUCGCCACCUCGCGCAACCCCUCCAAAACCCCCGACCUCGUGCGCCUCGUCACCGCCGCCAACCCCUCGAACAAAUGGCUCACCCUCGAUGUCACAUCCCCCGCCUCGCCCGCCUUCAUCCACAACCUCGAAGCCGCGGGCGUGCACAUCGACGUGCUCGUCAACAACGCCGGCUACUCCAUCUUCGCGCCCAUGGAGACGGUGCGCGACGCCGAGAUCCGCGCGCAGAUGGAGACGGUCUUCUUCGGCCCGCUGCGGCUGCUGCAGGCGGUGCUGCCGGGGAUGCGGGCGCGCAAGCGCGGGACGGUGGUGAAUUUCAGCUCGGGCGCCGCGUUGGAGGGGCAGCCGACGAUGGGGGUCUACGCGGGCGCGAAGGCGGGGUUGGAUGGUGUGGCGAAGGUCCUUGCGAAGGAGGUGGCGCCGUUCAAUAUCCGGAUCUUGACGGUCGUGCUGGGCACCUUCAAUACGAAUAUGGGGAAUGCGGCGGUCUUUGGGGAGGGGGGGCUGCCAGGAGAUUAUGAGGGGACUAUGACGGAGAAGUUCUUGCAGAUCAUGAAGAGCGGCACGUGGCCGCCGAAUGGGGAUAAGGAGAAGGCGAUGAAGGCUGUGUAUGAGGUUGUCGUUGGGGAGGGGAUCGGGGAAGGAAGGGAAGCGGAGAAGUUGUUGCUAUUGGGGAGUGAUAUGAUGAAGAGAACGGAGGGAGUGAGGGAGCAGUUGGGGCAUGCGUUGGAGGUGUUUGGGGAGGUGGCGAAGGGGUGUGAUAUUGAGAAGUAA